CUUAUUUUUACUGGCAUCGACGAGGCUCUGCAUAUAUUGGACCCAUUUGCCCCAGCGUCUGAUUCCGACAAACUGCUCUUUUCCUUUCAGGCCAGUCACAUAUCGACAACUUGUGGCGUUAGCGGCGGCGGUCUGCUGAGUCUCCAGCGGACAAGCUACCACCUCACCCCUACACACGCGUCCUCCCACCAUGCUACCUUCGCCGAGCCUCAUCUCCAGCACCAGUUGAGUCAGCAGCACAGUCAGCUGGCCGGUCCUCUCUUCCAAAACUCUGGGCGCCAGUUCAGCCCUCCACCGUCCAUUCUCCAUCCCAAAGCGAUGCUUCUUCCCUCCGCCGCUGACACGACUGGCUCUGGUCGUCUCGGCCAGUUGACCAACAGUCGAGCCAAUCAUGCCUCCGCCUGUCUCGCGGUCCCUCCGGCCCUCGCGACUGCCGUUGUCGUCGCCUCGCCAACCGGCUCCGGCUUCUCGGCUUCACUGCCAAACUCGCCGGUGCUCCGCCAACGGCGUGGCCGCCGACCGCCGGCCGACAUGAAGAUGCUACCGGACAGUCCAGUGCCGCCGGUGGCCUCGACUCGUCCCGUCGCCGAGUGGGUUCGGCCCUCCGACUGGUGGCCGGCGGCAGUAGCCGCGGGUGGUGACUGCCAACAAGCCGAACUGGCGGCGGCGCAUCCGACGGACGGGCUGUUCUGCAAACGCAGCCCACAGAUCGAGGUCGUUGAAGAGGCUCCAAUCGAAACGGCAUCGGCUACGGCUCAAUCACUGGCACAGUCUGCAGGUGGAUAA